UACCAAAAACCAUGGAAGCUUUUGACUGGAGUAAAGGCACCUAAAAAUAUUUUGUGGGUCUGGCCUGAAGUCUUCUGCUAAUGUUUGGCUUCUGAGUUUUUUCUGCUCAUCUUCAUAUUUGCAUUAGGGAAGGAAAAAGUCUGGUGGGUCAGCUGGUAAACUGAGAGGCAGGAGACGUGGCUUCGGUUCUGACCGUGGCACAGGCUUUCUUUUGUACUUCAGGAUUGUCUUGACCACAGCAUUUAGCCAGAAUACAGCCUUGGCUGUGCUGAAACUCCUCCACAGUUGACUCUUGAGGUGCUACUGGGAAAAGCAUCAGCUUUUGAAUGCUUGCUCAUCUACUUUUUAUCUGUCGAGCUCCUGAGCAGGAACUCUUGUGUCCUUUCUUCAGGUGGGAAAGCCCUAAGUGUGCCCAGGCUAAUCAAUUUUUUGCCCUGCUUACAAAGUGCAGGUGCCUGUUGUUGGUGUCUGUCCUUUCUUGUGUGAUGAUUGAGAGGCUGGUUUAGGGCUGAGCUGUGCAGAGAUGGAUACCUUGGCACAUGCCUCAGGCCACACAGUGACUCACUGUGCCUGUCUGCCUUUUUUUCCCCCUUUUUGCAAAAUGGGAGCACUGAUGUUGCUUGAUGAGAGGGAAUUUGGAGGUUUAGUUUUGUUAAUAUAGCACUGAAAGGACUCUGGCAUGGGUGUAGUGGGUCAUACUGAGCCAAAGAGCAAAUAGUCCUGUUGAGUCCAGAGUGCACUGGGUAAAAAGGAUGCUUCAAGGCACAGGAUCCUGGCAGUCAUCAUCCCUGCAAGAGUCUAGCAAUGGUCUUUUUGAGUACUUCUGGGAGGCUGGGGGGAGAGCUGCUCAGUUCCUCAGUGACUGGUUCCUAUCUGACAGUGUGAUCCUUGGCUCCAGACCUGGCAGUGUUAGUCUAAUAGCAGCUGCAACUGUUACAAGGAACUGAGUUUACUCUAGUGAGCCCUGCUUGUCUUUCAGCAGUGGGGGGUGGGGGUGAGGGAAUCUCUGCAAAAUGAUAGAGGGCUCUUUAAGAGGUGCAAGGAUUAAAAAGACCUGUCACUGUGCAGGCAGAUCUGCCUAUUGUUGUUAGGCAGAAGCUGACGUCAUGGCUGUGACUGUACCCCUCCCAGCUCCCCCAAAAUAACUUCUGAAUCCCUUGUUCCAUCUCAGCCACGUAAAGGGGGUUAGAACUCAAAUGCAUUACAUCCCUUCUAGUUUCGUGAGAGAAGGCGGGGGAGAGGAAGUGAUGAUACCCAUGGAGGCUCUGCUGAGAGAAAGGGUUGACAUUUCAACCAAACUCUUGGUUGGAAAAAAUCCUCACCAGAGAGCAAUGUUAAUACCCAGCUGCAGGGAGAGCGAGGGCGGGAGAUGGCUUUUUGUGAGCCAUCAGAGAACCCAGAUGAGGCUUCGUGAGUUCCACCAGUGAUGGUGCAGAUUGUUCUCUUGUGGGUUUGCAGAUGUGUUGCUGUGAGCUGAUUUAGGGUUUUCCACUCCCAAAACAAAUGCUGCAAUGUCGAACCUGCUUGGGAAGAGGAAAUCUGGUCGUUAGAAGGCUUUACUCAUCUUGCAUCUUAUCCCUCAUGGCAUGGGGGUGCUGAGUCUUACUGGUACUGCAAAAUCGCCUACUCCCACUCUGCAGCUGAACAUGAUGUUUGCAUGUGCUGCAGUGUGCAGGGCAGCAUCAGCAGUCCCAGGCCCCAGGUGGAUUGAGCCAUGAGCAUCAGGAGGUCCCUCAGGAAGAAGUGGGCAUCGAAUGGUUGCUUGCAAAAGACAACUGAUAGUCUUUGGAGGUUUCCAUGAGAGCACGAGAGAUUACAUCUAUUACAACGAUGUGUAUGCAUUCAAUUUGGACUCCUUCACGUGGAGCAAGCUGGCUCCAUCAGGAAUUGGGCCUGCUCCAAGGUCAGGAUGUCAAAUGGCUACCACACCUGAGGGCAGCAUAGUCAUCUAUGGAGGCUACUCGAAACAGAGAGUUAAGAAAGAUGUUGACAAAGGCACCCUGCAUACAGAUAUGUUCCUGCUGAAGACUGGAGGCUCAGGCAAAGAGGAAGAUAAGUGGGUAUGGACUCGACUCAACCCAUCUGGUGUGAAACCCACUCCCAGGUCUGGCUUCUCCGUGGCAAUUGGUCCCAAUAACCGUUCCCUUCUGUUUGGAGGUGUGCACGAUGAAGAAGAGGAAGAGAGCAUUGAAGGGGACUUCUUCAAUGAUAUUUAUUUCUAUGAUAUUGGGAAAAACCGUUGGUUUCCUGGACAGCUAAAGGGAUCGAAGUCAGAGAAGAGGAAGAGAAGACGUGGCAGACGAGCUGAGACAGACGGUGGAGAUGAUGAGGUAGAGAAGCAAACCCCACAAGGCCCGGUGGAAAUAGUCAAAGAGGUGGUGGCAGAAGAUGGAACUGUCAUGACGAUCAAGCAGGUGAUCUGUGGGCCUGCAGAUGAGAAGGAGAGGUCUGAAUCGGAGGAGGAGGAGGAGGAAGGCGCAGCCUUGGGCCCGCAAGUGGAACCAUGCCCACGUUCAAACGCCAUGCUGGCAGUGAAGCAUGGGGUUCUGUAUGUGUAUGGAGGAAUGUUUGAGGUGGGCGAUCGCCAGUUCACCCUCAGUGACCUCUACAGCAUCGACCUGCACAAGAUGGAAGAGUGGAAAGUGCUGGUGGAGAUAGACCCAAAAACACAAGAAUGGCUGGAGGAGUCAGAGUCAGAUGAAGAGGAGGAGGAUAUGGAAGGUGCAGAAGGAGGAGAAGAAGAAGAAGAGAGCUCUGAAGAGGAUAGUGAGGAUGAAGAAGGAGAGGAGCAACACCCAUCUGUUCAGCCUGAUGAGAAGCAUGCAGACUAUCUGUCCAGGACGGAGCAGCACUGGAUCAAAGUAGCCCGCAGCAACAUGGGCCCGGAUGCCAAGGAGAAGAAGGUGGUGAAAGUGGCUCAUGCCAUGGCAAAGACAUUCUAUGAAGAUUCAACCUAGGGCUGUUCUGCGAGUGCAGAAACGUGCUGGGAGCAGUGGUUCGCCCUGCUGAAAUCAGCCUGAUGUGCCAGGCGGUCAGUGUGUGCCCACAAGGCUUCCUGGCACUCCAACCCUUGCAUACUCCAUAUGAGUGCCUCUGGACUGACUAAUCUCAAUAUGCCUGCUGGGUUAUUGCUCGGAAUAUACUGUUAUUCCCCUGGCUGGUUGUGGGAGGGACUUGGGGAACAGGAUUACUGCCUAAGCUCUGGUUCUUCUGAGAACGGAGCAUACAAGACCAUCAUCAUUUUGUUCAGAAGUUAUUUUGAGUCUGUGAAGGCAAACUGCGUAUCUCACAAUGGUUCUCUAGUCCCAAAUUCCUUAUCCUAACUGGGGCCAGAACUUGUCUCCAAGGAUUUCUACAAUAAACUUACUUGGUUACAUGA